AUGCGGAAUCUAGACAUCUCAAGCUAUCUAGUUUCGAUCUACCCCCUCAGGGCGUGCUGUCAAGUCGCGGAAUGCGGCAUCACACCAAUAAGCAAUGGACCAGCAGGUGGGCCUGGCCGUGAAUUUGGGGGCCAAACAGUCCAGGCGGCUUGGACAGCACUCAAAAUUGGUGGUCCACGAGAAUCUUCCCCGGAGCAACCUCAGGAUGUGCAUGGCUCCCCGCCGUCACCAGUCGCAUGGCAUCCUCCUCGUUGGUCGGGCCGUCUUCGGUCGAGCCAAAGCGUCCUAAUUCACGCGGGGGCAGGCGGCACAGGCCAGGCAGGCAUCCAGAUCGCUCAGUACCUCGGGGCUAAGGUCUAUACCACCGUAAGCACCAGGGAAAAGAAACAGUUCCUCAUCGAUGAGUACAAAGUCCCCGCCGAUCGCAUCUUCUACAGCCGCGAUACCAGCUUUGCCCGGGAUGUCAUGAAAACUACCCACGGCCGGGGCAUCGAUGUGGUCAUCAAUAUUCUGGGUGGAGAGAUCCAGCAAGCUUCCUGGGACUGUGUGGCCCCUUAUGGUCUGGUGAUACAGCUCGGCAGUCCAUCCAACGCCAGUCUUUCUUUCGCCCAGUCGGGCAAACAAACAUCUUUCACGCACUUUGACAGUGCGCGGUGGAUGCGUGAUCGACCAGAAGCUGCCAAGGAGGCUGUUGAGACGGCGUUGAGUCUCCUGGCUGAUAACAAGCUUCGCGUUCAGUCCCCUUGCCAGGUCGAAGAUGCAAGCUCCGUUGAAGAGAAAUUCCGCUCGCUGCAGGAUGGGGUUGCCAUGGGCAAGACAGUCAUCGACCUGACGGCCAUGGUUGAGGUACCCACGGUGUUAGACACCAAGGUCCAGUUUCAGCUCGAUUCCAACGCGACCUACAUCAUUGCUGGCGGGCUUGGGGGCCUGGGUCGGUCGAUAGCUCGAUGGAUGGUUGACCGAGGAGCACGCCAUCUGGUUCUGCUGGGACGAUCGGGAGCCAAAACCAAGGCUGCACUGGAACUCAUAGAUGAACUGGCUCGACAGGGGGCAUGUGUCCAUGCUCCCCCGUGCGAUGUCAUGGAUGCGGCAUCCGUGAAGCAGGUCAUGGAAGAUGUAUCCCAGACGAUGCCUCCGAUCAAAGGUUGCGUGCAGGGAUCGAUGGUCCUGCGGGAUCAAAUGUUCAGCGAGAUGAGCCAUGAGGAUUGGCGGGUGUCCGUUGAAUGCAAGGCCCUCGGGUCGUGGAAUCUGGAAAUGAACCUCCCCAGGGAUUUGGACUUCUUUGUCAUGCUGUCCUCCGCCAGUAACAUCAUCGGACUGACGGGGCAGUCCAACUACGCGGCAGGAAAUUCUUACAUGGAUAGCCUCGCACGCUAUCGCGUGGCUCACGGUCAGAAAGCCAUAUCGCUGGAUCUCGGCCCCAUGGUCGACGACGGUAUCCUCGUCGAGACUGCCGGGUUCCUCGACAAGGUGCUGGGAUAUGGAUCCCUGGCCCCCGUCACCCGCGCACAAUUCUAUGGGAUUUUCGACCAUUACUGCAACCCCAAUCAGCCGCUCCUGACCCCCGACACGGCACAGCUGGUCUUUGGUAUUUCCGGAUCGACGGGUGACGGGCCUCGCGGAAACACGCUGGCCGAGCACCCCCUGUUUUCUCGACUACAGCUCGACAACAUCACUGGGGCCGCGGGUGUGCCGGGCCAUGAUCAGAUCGAUUUCAAAAGGCUCUUUCAGGAGGCGUCCUCCCUCCAAGAGGGACGUGACAUUGUGCGUCGCGCCGUCAUCGACAAGAUGGUCCACUCGUAUCGUCUGAUUCCGGAAGAUGCGGUGGUGGAUGUUUACGCGCCGCUGCAUACCUUCCGAGUCGAUUCCCUGUUGGCGGUCGAACUCUGCAAUUGGAUCGGGAAGGAGUUCGCGGCGGAUGUGGCGGUUCUGGAGGUUAUGGGGGGUGCCACCUUGGCCAUGUUGGAUCUGCUGGUGGCGACGAAGAGUCAGCUCAGUCACCCACAGUGGGCUUGA